UGGACAGAGUAAUCUAGUAGUUUCUGGCAGUGAAGUGCGUCACGGUUGGUAGCUGAGAGUUUCUCGGGGUUCCCGGUCCUCGCCCCGCGGUACACGGUGAACGGUUCGCGCGGGGUGUCUGUCGCUGAUUGCGGCCGGUGGCCGACCUCACCAUGGAUUUUUACAAAGUUCUAAAGGUGGCGGCUUCCAAAAAGGAAGGUGAUGGUGUCCAGAAAAGGUACAGCCUGGCAGUGGGACCACCAAAAAAGGAUCCGAAGGUUAAGGGCGUUCACUCUGCUGCAGUGCAAGCGUUCCUCAAGAAAAAAGAGGAGGAAAUACGACAAAAAGAACUGGAAGAAAAGCGAAGGAAAGAAGAACUGUUGGCUAAACGGAAAGAACUGAACCAUGAUAAAAAGGCCAGGGCCAUGGCAUCUAGGACAAAAGAUAAUUUUAGAGGGUAUAAUGGUAUCCCAGUUGAAGAAAAACCAAAAAAAAGAAAUUCUAGUCCAGAAAGAGAUCAAAAUGCAAAUGUCAUGGAUGCAGAGGACGACGAAUGUAUGGAGGAAGAGGAACUUUACGAAUAUUCGCAAACUGAGUCAGAAGAGGAAGAAAUUGAAGAGCCACCUCCAAAAAAGAUUCAACUGCCCUUGAAGAAAAAACCACCGCCAGUAGCUUUGAACUUUGCUGAUUUACUAAAACUUGCAGAAAAAAAACAGUUUGAACCCGUGGAAAUUGUGAAACCUUUAAAAAAAAAUGAUGAAAGGCCAAGAACUGCUGAGGAGAUAAAAGAGUUGGAGUUUCUAGAAAGGAAAACACAGAAAAGUGAUAAAAAGAUUUUAGAGAGAGAACCCAAGAGGAAUGGCACCAUUGUGAAAGUAAGUAAAAGCUCAGAAAGCAAACAUUCGUCACUAAAACAAAGUAAUUCCGUGGAAAUCAAAUCAAAAUCCCAUGAAAAAAAAUCCAGUUCAUUCUUAAAAUCAACCCCCACUGAUAAAACUAAUAUUUCGGGUCUUAAAAAACCAUCAGGUGGCGGUGGUAGAGAAUACAGCAAUAUGACUGGAUCCCACUCUAAAGCCUCAAAGGUUUCUGUGAAUGGAAAUUUGAAGCCAAUGUCUGCCAAAGAUCACAAACAGUCUUCAUCAUCUAAGCCAGAUAAGAUGGGGAACGCAAAUGGGAAAUAUCAAGGGACACAACUAGGCAGUGGCUCAAAUUCUAUAAGGCCAUCUGGAGGCUCAGGUUCCUCUAGACCUACUGGAAGCUCCAGUUCUGCAAAACCCUCUAGAGGUUCCAAUUCCGGAACUAGGCCUGCACAGCCUUCAGGCAGCUCAGGACCCAAUUCUUCGCGGCCUUCCUCAGGAUCUAGUUCUUCACGGCCUUCGGGAAGCUCAGAAUCUAGUUCUUUGCGGCCUUCGGGGAGCUCUGGAUCUAGCUCCUCGCGGCCUUCGGGGAGCUCUGGAUCUAGCUCCUCGCGGCCUUCAGGGAGCUCUGGAUCUAGCUCCUCGCGGCCUUCGGGGAGCUCUGGAUCUAGCUCCUCACAGCCUUUGGGGAGCUCUGGAUCUAGCUCUUCACGGCCUUUGGGGAGCUCUGGAUCUAGCUCUUCGCGGCCUUUGGGGAGCUCUGCAUCUAGCUCUUCGCGGCCUUUGGGGAGCUCUGCAUCUAGCUCUUCGUCUAGCUCUUCGCGGCCUUUGGGGAGCUCUGCAUCUAGCUCUUCGCGGCCUUUGGGGAGCUCUGCAUCUAGCUCUUCGCGGCCUUUGGGGAGCUCUGGAUCUAGCUCUUCGCGGCCUUUGGGGAGCUCUGGAUCUAGCUCUUCGCGGCCUUUGGGGAGCUCUGGAUCUAGCUCUUCGCGGCCUUUGGGGAGCUCUGGAUCAAGUACUUUGCGGCCUUCUGGAGGCUUAGGAUCUAGUUCUUCACGGCCUUCUGGGGGCUUAGGAUCCAGUUCUGCUCGGCCUCCUACAGGUUUAGUUUCUACUUCUGCCCGGCCCUCUGGUAAUUCUAGUUCAGGAGCACCUCGUCGUGACAGUUCUAGACUUUCUAAUAACUCUGCACAUCCACUAAGCAUUUCAGGGUCCACUAAGUCAAACAAUGGACCUCCUUUGUCUAAAAGCGUAUCUUCUCGACCAGCACCAGGAUCAACCCAAGUGCGUCCAAAUGGUGGACCUGGACGACCUUUGAAUAAUUCCACUGUAGGACAUGGGGCACUGCCAAAGCCCAAAUGUACAGUUAUUUCAGAAACUAUUUCAUCCAAAAACUUUGUUCCUAAGUCAAACAAUGGACCAGUAAAUGGAAUGAGAGCAGGACCAGUAAAUGGAAUGAGAGCAGGACCUCCACCUGGCCACAGGCCUAUGGUGCGCCCCCCAGCAGGCCCUCCUAAGCCACCUAUAACUAUUUCUUAUAAGAGAAGAAUUGAGGACGAGGAGGAGGACUAUGAUUCCGAGAUGGAAGAUUUUAUAGAUGAUGGAGGAGAGUCCCAGGAUGAAAUCUCCAGGCAUAUAAGGGAAAUCUUUGGCUAUGAUAGGAAUAAGUAUAAGGAUGAAAGUGAUUACGCCUUGAGAUACAUGGAAACCAGUUUUAGAGAACAGCAAAAGGAGGAAGCCAGGAGCUUGCGUCUGGGUAUCCAGGAGGACUUGGAGGAACUGAGACGUGAAGAAGAGGAAUUAAAACAGAAAGCCAAAAAAGAGAAAAGUGCGAAGAGGCUGAAAACCUGACAGCAGUGUCUAUCACUUAACUGUAUUUAUUUUCUUUUUCCCUGGUUAUCAAAAAUUUGGAAACAUUCUGCACUUUGAGCCAAGGGGUAAAUAGACAAUAGGACAUCUAAUGGAAUAAAGUUAGGAUACUGAUUUUCAGUACAUUAAAUUGUUAACAUAAAGAUAUAAACUUUUUUUUUUUUUUUUUUUGGUCUUGAUAAAAGCAUAUUCAAGCCAUUUUGUCAGCUGAGUUUUUUGUCUUUCUGCAGCAUGAUCACGGAAGAAAAUGAAUUGCCAGGAUCUUCCAGGAAAAUAAAAUGCUAAAUAUA